AUGAAAAGUUCGCACAGUCGUACGUUUCGUGACAGUGUGAGAUCAGCUGGUUUGAGGCGAUGGGAUGGCAAAGCUCGCAUAACAACGGACUGGAUCAAUCUUUUCCACGAGCCUGAGCUGUGCUGGCCUACUGGCAAUUGCUUGGUCUACCUUCGGCAGCCUGGUCAAACAAGUCGGGCUCCUGCCUUUCGUGUACAUACAAACUUUUUGAGGCUCAAGGGUUUCGAUGUCCUCGCCGACCGCUGUGUGGUGCGAAAUUCCGUCCAAGCUGCGUCUCAUUGCGUUCUACCUAAUUGCCCUGGAUGCGACUCUAUGACCGGCUUUCAAGAACUAUAUCUUCCAGCUCCCCGUAAUGCAGGUGUGGAAGAGGCACUCGACCAUCUUGUUACCACGAGAAACUUCUUUGCCUACCUCUACGACAGACCACUGGUUGGUCGAACACUGGGGCAAGCAUUGAUUCGAUUAAAGGAACGCAUCGACUUUUAUCGUCGUGAUAGCAUGACCCAGAACAUCCUCGAAGUAGUAGCGUAUGCGGGAAGCCAAAAAUAUCUCGACUUCCGGGACUGUGUCGAUCACGCCAUUGCAGCACUUUAUUUUGCCGAAAAAGUGCAUACCAAAGACCUCUGGAUUGAUUCCUUCGCACACUGCGUCGGAAUGGCUCAUGAUGGCCUGCGUUCGAGCCUCGAAUACUCGGCUCUACCGCCAAAGACCAAGAUCCUCAUUAGUAGAGCUCGGCAAGAUAUGGAUCAGAGAUUCCAACGAGUGACUAGAGCGCUCGCUGACUUCUUCGAGACUGAGCUUUCUGGUAGCUUUCUGGGGCUUCCCCAUGUCGCUAGGGAACAUCUCGAACGCUUGCGUUCCUUCUUAAGGUCCUCUUAUACUGGCCAAUAUGGUCGAUGGCCUCCAGUCAGAUUUGAACAACCAUUUGUGUGUCAAACCAUUUAUGCUACCGUCUUGGCCGACUUCCAAAAGUUAUAUCAGUACUUGGUCGAUCCGAGCUCUUCUACCAGCUUGGCUUCCUACGAUGUUGCGCAGUUUGGAGGUGUUUGUACCCUCCAAACCAUUCAAGCAUUUGACUCCAAACACGGUUAUGAGCCACUCGCUCAACCUCAGCCUCUUCUACCCAAACCAAAGGAUCCCAACACCGCUCCUACACAAAAACUUCAACGUAGGAUAUCCUGGAAUCCCAUUCAUGCUCGGAAAGCCAACAAAGAACGGCGCAAGUGCCAGGAAAAAGACUCACUGACAGCUGCAACUAAUCGUGAAGUGGGAUUAGUGGAUUGUCCUUUAGUACAGAAAUACGCCGAGUUCGAGUCGCACACCAUCGAAGACGAACUCGAGAAUCUCUCCACGACAGAAGGGCGCAAAAUCCGCUGGCUUUUGGUCUAUGCUGUUCUUCAGGUGCUCAACUCGAUUCCUCAGCCAGCCAAACAGGUCCGUGACACCACUGAUCUGGUAUAUUCUCUCUGUUGCCACGUUCCGAGUCGAAUGCCAUGGGAAGGACCCUCGAAUGUCGAGGUCACAGCUCCAGUUCCUGGUACCAUGUUGGCUCCAGACUUGAGUUAUUCACACACCAACGCAUCAACGCUGUCUCUGAAAAGUCCUUCUCAACGCACCAGGCCGGGCAAAGAUCGACGGAACACACUGCCAGCGAAUCUGCCAGAGGCUUUGAAAUCCUCCUUGUCGAUUAAAUCUCGACCAGGAUCACGAUCAUCAUCCUUGAGGCGAUUUGUGACCAGAAGGAAGCCCCCUACUACAGAUGAGGCUCCGACUAGACGUCCGCCAUUCCGUGAAAUCUACGUCGAAGGAUAUGGCAAUGGCAUUAGGAAGAUCGAUACUGAGCUGCACGCCAUCAGCAGUGUGGCGGAUCUCCCACAAUGUCAGGAAAGGAGUCCCGAACCUGUCACUUGUCCCCCGAACGAGCAGGCACAUGAGCUCGACACCAAUGAAGUAACCUCUCGAGAUCAUUGCCAAAGCCCGCCGGAGAUGAUGCGAGAGUCAUCUUCAGCAUCAGUGAGAAGCAAGUGGUCAGAUAAAAGCGCAUCGAGUGGACCCGACCCGAAAACACCAGCAAGCGAUGAGCUCUGCACCUUACAAGAAGUACUGCAACAAGCCGGGAAGGGUACAGCGAAUCCAGCCCCGGCAGAAUUGGCCGGGAAAGAGACAAAUGUCACACAACUCGUCAGGGUAGUUGACCCUGAGCUGACACCAAACUCUUUGCCAGGAUCUGUCCACUUCAAUUCUCGAACCUGGGAUGAUGUGGUAGUUGGACAAAGGCAGAUCAAGGUCUAAGGAUGGUUAGUGAUGAUGGGCUGAGAUGGAUGGUGAGGAAGAGUCGAUGAAACGGCUCGCAAUUAAUGAAUCUUAUCUUGUUAAUGACAUGUUAGAAGGAAAACGUGGCCAGGAACUAAUGAACAGGGAGGGAGAUGGCCUGGUCAGCAAGGAGAAUGGGGGUAAUCAUUCAUAAAAUUUCUCCUCAUUAUGAUGAUCACGACAAC